AUGUCGUUGUCGUCGAGCUCCAACAGCACGCUGCCGUACUCGGCGGACGGCGGCAGAUACAGCACGCACGACACGCUGGCGCUCCUCGUCAUCGGCUUCAGCGUCACCGCCGCCUGCGUCCUCAUCAUCGUGCUCUGCGACUGCCUCUGCUUCCGGCCCCGCCGCAUCGUCUACGUGGGGCCCCGCCGCCCGUUCUUCGUCGUGCGCCGAGAAGCGGGCGGCGGCGGGCUGAGCCCCAACGCCGUGGCCUCGCUCCCGUCUUUCUCGUACCACAGAGGCGUGGCCGGCGGCGGCGGCGGCGGCGGGGAGGACGGCCGUGGUGAAGGCAGCGGGUCAAGAGGGCGCGGCGGGUGGGCGCAGUGCGCGGUGUGCCUGAGCUUGCUGCAGGAAGGGGAGACGGUGAGGCAGCUGCCGGCGUGCAUGCACCUGUUCCACGUCGCCUGCAUCGACCUGUGGCUGCGCUCCCACUCCACUUGCCCUCUCUGCAGGGCCACGGUCGAGGCUCCUCCUUCCAAAGACCGUCAGCUGGUGCCUCCGGUGUAA